AUGUCCCGUCUUCUCGCCUUCAGCAUUCUCUUCCUCACAUUCCUGUCCUUUUCCACAGCCGCGCCGACCGAAGAACCAUCGCUAUUCUCGAAGAUUCUGAAGGAGUACAAGGACUUGUUGCCUUCCGAAGUCGUCGAAGCGUACAAGAGCCUGACAGAUGCCGACAAAGCGGCCCUGAAGUCGGUGUUCAAGAACUACAAGAACUACAAGAACGAGAAGGAGUUGAUCGCGGCGCUGAAGGAAGCGUCGCCGGAGCUCGGCGCCAAGGCCGAGAAGUUGUACGGCGAGUUGCAGAAGAAGAUCGCUGGGCUCAGCGAGGAGCCGAAGAAGUUCGUGGACGCACUGAUCGCCGGAGGAAGAGCACUUCACGCGCAGUCUGUCAGUGGGGAGAAGAUCGACGGAACGGCCAUCAAGACUCUCAUUCAGGAGUGAGCAUUUAUGCCGCGUCCAAUGUCUCGGAAAAACCGUAAAAACCGCAAGUUUUUCUGUCCAAAGUCGGCCGAAAUUCGCGUGAAAAACGGGGGUGCGCACAGCUCAAUGAGUGUAACGGUACCCCUAAAACUGCGGUAUUUUUUGAAAAUUUGCGCAAGAAAUUUGAAUAUUUUCAAAUAACCUCAAGAAAUUAACAAAUUUUCAAAAAAUACCGUAGUUUUAGGGGUACGGUUACACUCAUUGAGCUGUGCACACCCCCGUUUUUCACGCAAAUUUCGGCCGACUUUGGACAGAAAAAUCUGCGGUUUUUACGGUUUUUUCGAGACAUUGGACGCGGCAUUAGGCAUUGAAUUUUGAACAUUUUUAAUUAUAAGUGUAUACUUACAGACAAGUCAGCGCCUAUAAAUUGCUCUCAACUGGCGCGCAGGAUGAGCUGAAGACCACUUUCCCGGGAGUGACGAAGUUCCUUCAAGACGAAAAAGUUCAGAAUCUGAUUGCCAAACUUGUUGAGAAGAAUAAUAAUAACUAG